AUGCGUUUUGGUAAAAAGGGAAAGCUAAGCCCAAGAUACAUACCUUUCGAGAUCUUAGAAAGAAUAGGUGCUGCAGCUUACAGACUAGCACUUCCACCUCACUUGUCAGCGGUGCACAACGUGUUUCAUGUCUCUAUGCUACGAAAGUAUGCCCUGGAUCCCACACAUGUAUUGGAGUACGUGAUUCAUGUUUCAUGUCUUCAGAUUCGAGACGACUUCAGCUACGAAGAAAUUCCAAUGAGAAUAUUAGCACAGAAGGCCCAAGUGCUACGAAACAGAACUAUUCAAAUAUUCAAAUGGUCAAAGUACUUUGGAGUCACCACAAGGAGAGAGAAGCCACUUGGGAACACGAGGAAGACAUGA